AUGAAGGAGUCGGAAAAUGUAACAGGAUUAUUUUCCUGGGCCUACAGUGGCGUUAACUUUGACCUAGCAGGAAAUGGAGGCAUAGAGUGUAGGGAUUUCAUCAGUGUGAAGCAGCGAGUCAUUGAGACAGUCAUUAGCUGUGCAGCAGCAGGUCUUAUCUUAUACAGAGCGAUCACACACCUGACUCUGCCAAAAAACUCGGUCCUCCUACCAGAUCCCGUCGGAAAACGAAUCCUCUUAGUAGUUCAUUGUCUGAUAUUUGGCACCGAGCUGGGCUUCAAGUUCGCUACUAAGCAAAUGAUUUAUAUACUUAAUCCAUGCCAUGUAGCAACCAUGAUGCAGAUAUUCUGUCUGGCGGCACCGUCAGGGAGACUGACUACCACAGUUUUCCGGCUUCAUCUACACAUGUUAACAUGGGCUCCUAUAGCCAUCUUGUUCCCUGUAAUAAAUACUCGAUUGUUGCCGUUUGAGACAGAAGUGUAUUAUAUCCAACAUUUGCUGAUGCUAGUAAUUCCAUUCUACUUACUCAAAAUUGGAGGUUCCUACACUGCUGAACCUGUUCACGACUUCAGCUGGGCUCUAGUGUCCAUGGGAGUCCUGUACAUUAUAUACUUCGUACCAGUACAGUAUCUAGCAUAUAUCUCAUUAGUUAAUCUAAACAACAUGCUAUGUCCAGCGGUGUCAGACCCGUUCUACGGGCCGUACUACAGAAUCUGUGCAAUGACUCACCAGGCACUACUUAUACCAACGGGGGGCAAGUUUUACACAUGGCUGUCACAACAAUUCCUCACCCCCUCCGCACGGGACGAAGAGGUGUCUGUGUUUAGUAUAGACUGGAAUGCCGAGACCCCCGCACCGGACAAUCUCAGAGGGAAGAAUGGAGUGAUUAGUCAUGGGGAUCGCCAAUCCAACAACGGACACCUCAAGUCCUCCUGAGGAAACCUAGCUUUAACUGACCACUUGUUAUCGUUGACUUUAUACACACGUUUUUAAUAGCAUUUUGUGAUUAGCAUUGUGUAUGGGGGACGAGGCAAAAUUUACAGAAUUUUUAAUCCUUUAUUUGAUGGAUAUAAUAAUUGCACUGUUUUCAGAUUUGUUGAUGUUAAAACAUCAGUUGCUGCUGUGAAUUCCAUAGUGGACCUGUAGAGGACUUUCACAAUUUUUAAAAAAGUUAUCUUCCUUUGCUAAGAUAACGAGCAUUAAUUUUCUUAAUCUACAUUGUUUAUCUAUGUAACUUUCAAACCUUCCAAUGCUGUCUGAUUGGGAUAUUAUUAGACAGUAUAUGAAGCACAGUGGACAGAGUUUAUUUGAUGUGACAAUGCCCUAUAAAUUGGUAGGUUAGAGAACGUAUAUUAGUUGACGCAUCAAAAGUAUAAAAAAAAUUUAUUUGUUGACGGGAAAGUUUUCUAUGGUAUAACUAACCUGAGAAAGUGGGAACCUCUAGCUUUUAAGGAUAUUGAAAAAUUUUAAAUAAUAUUUAUUAUUAUGUAAUUUUGGUAUGUUAGAUGUAAAUCAAAACCUCUUUUUAUUGGGGGUGGGGGGUUCGAGGCUAUGAACCCAAUUACCAGUAGUAUGCAAGUGCAAGUUUUCAUGUAAUUUAAUGACAAAAACAUCUACUAGCAUAUAUAAAAAUUAUUUAUCUGUUGGAAAUGACUGUUGGUUUUAUACGAGAUAUACUUGGAUACAUUUGAUUAUAGCUUUAAUUCUGCAGUUGAUAGUAACCUACAGUCAAGCUACAUAGUACUUGAUAAGAGGUAUACAGACUGUAUCAGUGCUUGAUAAAUUUUUUUUAUUGGUUUAUUUUUUCCUGGUGCACUAAUAUU